AAGUGUUUCAUCAGUCGGACUACAAAUCAUUAAGGAUGCCUAUGGUGCACAAGAGAAGGGAAAGUUCGUUAAGGCAUUUGGUGUUUACAUUUUAAUUAUUAAUUAUAGUGUGGCCGUGUCGACUAAAUGCAAAAAUUCUUACUGAGAAAUGGUGAUGUCGAAUAUCAAGUACGCGGAACUUCGUGAUUUCUUUCGUGACGUGGCGGUCUUUUGAGUAAAAGGGACAAUAGGAACAUAGAAGGAAACUUUCGAUAUUUUAAGCCUUAUUGUGCACAUGUAUACAGGUACCAUGCCAUGUUGGUAUUGCAUGUAAAGGUUCGAUAACUCAGUAGAAUUAAACCGAAACACUAAAACGUGCAAAAUUCUUACGAUACUUUGCGAGGUGCCGGUUUAUUGGCACAUGUUCAUAGAUUUAUGAAUACCGUACCUGAUCCCAGUCGGAAUAUAUAUUUGUUUUUAUGCCAGUGUAGAUAAAACAGAUAAAAGGUUAAACUAAACGGAAGAUAACACUCGAUUUGAACAUUCCACCCAGAGUUUUGUUGAGGCACAAACAGAUUCAAUGAAACUUACGAGUUAAACUGGAUAACUGAAUUCUGCAGCCUUGUCAACGUUUAAGGUAUUAUAAAACAUGUGAGUUUUGUGCUGUCGAUGACCGUUAGAAGACGUGCAAAUAUGACCGAUGGCGGAGAGGAGCAUUCGGUCAGCGCACCGGAAGUUGACGUGUCAGAUAUUCUCGUUAGGACGGUGGAACCGGAAGGGGUCGCGUUGGGCGAAGACUUUGUGAACGAAAAGGAACGGGUGGCGAAAGGACGCUGCGUGUUGGCGCUCAAGAGUUUCCUGUGUAUCGUGUGUGGCGUCGUGUUUGGAAUAUGUGCCCAGAAAGGCCGGGUGUUUGAGCCGAGGUCAAUACGAGGACAGAUGGUGUUUGAGAACUUUAUAAUGCUCAAGAUGUUCCUUUCGGCCGUCUGCUCAGGUCAGAUCGUGUUCAGUAUUAUAUCGGUGCUGCCGCCCACCAAGUCCAUCUUCCAGAAAGCGGUGGUUGAGUACAUCGCUUGCUUCACACAGAAGGGAAUCCUUACGAGCGCCCUGGGAGCCUUCGUUCUGGGCAUCGGAAUGACGCUGUCCGCCGCGUGUCCAGGAAUGGUUCUUGCUCAAAUCGGCUCUUGGGUGCCAAACUCCAUAUUCACGCUCAUUGGGUGUCUGGUCGGGGCCCUCACGUACGGGAUGGUAGCCCCCUAUAUCCAGAAGUUAACAAAGCCUACCAAACCAUUCAAACACACGACAGUGAACCAGACGUUAAAAUGGCCGUUCAUAGCAGUUGCGUUACCUAUGGCGGCAGCUCUAUUGGCAGCGAUCGUCGUACUCGAGGUGUUCUGGGACUACAAGAAAGAUAUUGCCAAUAUCAAACGCGCUCCACCACCGUACUCCAACAUAGUGACCGCCGUUGCCUGGCCACCGUCCAUCUGCGGCGCCAUUAUUGGCCUGCUUCAACUGCCCCUCGUGUUCACCGUGCACGACACAAUGGGCGGGUCGUCGAGUUACGUCACCGUCGUGUCCCAGUGGGUUGUCACCGAGCGCCUUCAGACGAUGUUCCCCUACCUCAGAGACAAGCGUUGUGGACUUGGAAACUGGUGGCAGGUGUUUUACGUGAGCGGCGCGAUUGUCGGCGCAGCGGUCGCCUCCCUUGCCUCUAACACAAUAGCUACCUCGCAGGGCGUCAAUCUGCCGACGGCGCUCGUCGGCGGUCUGCUCAUGUUGUGGGGCGCGCGCUUCGCUGCCGGCUGUACCAGCGGCCAUGGUCUGUCUGGAAUGGGUCUGCUAGCCUGGCUCUCCUUCAUCGCGGUGCCGGCGAUGUUCGCCGGCGGCAUAGUGACCGCGUUCUCCAUGCAGGCGACAGGCGCCCUCUACCACUACGUCAACACCACCCUCGACGUGUGAAACUCCCGCUAUAUCACACCAUAUGCAGUGUGCACAUGUCUUCAUAGACACGUGACAUCAUUUAAAUAUGACGUGAAUUAUGACGAGAACCAAUGUUGGGAACACCGAAUGUCUAUAAAUAGCUUGAUUUGAAUCAAGACUGUUGGUUGGUUCGUGGAUUCUGUAUUACCAGUGCAAGAACUUCGUGGUGUGAUGAGUCCAUUUAUUUGACACGCGACACAAACGGCACGUUUAACCGUCAACAUGGAAAUCCCAGGCGUCUAUUAAUAGCGCGUUGGAAUUCAAACUAAUUAGACUUCAUACCAAAUACUUCUAGUAACAAGUUCUGACGAUGAAUGUUAAAAUGACACACAAGAACGUACUCACUCAGAUUAAAUUCUUUAAAACUGAUCUUUAGUGUAAUACUAUACAGUUGUUACAAUCUUUUCUAACCGAUACAAUCCUGCUCUGUUCCAGUUAUGAGACCAUUUCGGAGCAUCGCCCUGCCAUUUUCUUCUUGAAGUCUUUCAUUUGCUUUAAAUGGCACUCUUUAAAGAUUGAUAGUAUGGUUAAGAUUGAGUGGGGACAAGAUUUCAACGAACAAAAUGGCCACUUUGGAACAAAUGUGGAUGAUCAGCAAAUGUUAUUUGAUUGCGGGUAUUGAUGUAUCGAUUUAUCAUCUUGGCGAUAUCGCUUGUAAAUGAUACAGUGCAAUGUAUAGAUGACAUUAGCGAAUAUAGGCUAGCUUGUAUUGGGUAUAUUGAUAUUCUAGAACACUAGGACGAAUAGUCAAAUAUAAAACUGAACAUGAUCAUGUUAGAAUUAUAAAGAUAUAAACAUGAUAGUACACUCAUGCCUACAUUAGUUCUUAUACUGGAAUAAUCGUGUCAGUUUGUGUAAAUGCCCAGAAACACGUGGUGUAUCGACAUCAAAGUAACCUUAAAUAAAUCAUCGCCAAUGUACUCUGAACUCUGCUGUUUCCGAACAACGACGUGCUUUUCUCGCACAAUUGUUUAUGUACGAAUGCUCUUUCAUAUUUUGUCUAUUGGGUUGGCGCACACCCUGUAUCUUGCCUGAAGCAUGUUUGGCGCGCCAUCGUGAUCAUCUGUUGAUAUUAUACGUACCUUUGUAUUGUAAAUAUUCACUGCAUGCCUGUUAUAAGAUUAUCUGAUCUAUUGUUUUCUUGUAUUAUCAUUUGUUUUUCCAUUAUAUAGACUAAAGGACUAAACUCAGCCAUCAAGUAUGUUCAUAUAGUGACCAACAUCAUUGUAUAUGAAGUUUUAAAUAAUGAGUUGUAGUAAGAUAACUAAAUUGUUUUUAAAAAUAGGUUAUUUAAAUCGUUAGUACAUUACAUAAUUAUAUUCAAACCUAACUUGAAUAACCAAAUUCUAUUUUUUCACUAAAUAUCAUAAAAUAUUUUGUUAAAACCUAAAUUACAUACAAAAAUGUAAUAAAACCUAAAUUGCGAUUUCGGCGUUCUGUGAAAACGGUAUAUCCAGUCUAAGUAUUGAACAAAUCAGAUUGGUUGCUGAAAGUGUUUUUUUUUUAAACUGUUUAACAAUUGUUAUUUGAAUGCGGGUAUUAUCAUCUUUAUGAUACUAAUCAAUCACAUGUUUGUUUUUUUUAUAUUGAUUUUGUUUGUUUUACCUACACAUAAAUAAUGCCAUUAGCAUGUACAUUCUGUUCGAUAAAACCGUGUUAGUGUUAGUCAAUUUUUAUUGAACAUUAACUUCAACUACCGGUGGAGUUAAAAAAUAUAGUAUUUGUUUCAUCGCCAUUUGAUGUAUAUACCUGAAUACUGUUUGAAGCGAAAUUCAUAAAUAUGAUGAAAACACGUAUUUU